AUGAAUCAGCAACAACUUACUGCUCUUGCGACGAUUGUGCUGAUUCUUCUUUAUAAUCAGACUCAACAACAACAGACCUUUGCUUUUUACGUCCUUUAUGAGGCAUGGUUGGCUGAUUAUGCGCUUGUACUUAAUGCACUUAUCAAUAGAAGAAGAGCUCGACGAAGAUUUCAUAGGAUGAGAAUUGCACCGUACGCUUGGAGGAUAAAUCGCCCUCAAGAAUCAUGCUUUGAUGUAUACUAUAAUGAUUUAACAGUUCCAGAUAGCACCUUCAAAGAAUUAUUACGAGUUAACCGUGCAACUUUUGAUGUUAUUUUGAAUAUCCUUGGACCUAGACUACAAAGACAGAACUCAAUAUUCAGAGACUGUAUUCCACCAAGUACAGUACUGGCUAUUGGAAUAUAUCGAUUGGCACACGGGAAUUCAUAUGUCAGUAUUGCUCCUGCAUUCUGCGUUGGACGAACAACGGUCAUCGAAGCAGUCCAAGAUGUAGUGAACUCUCUCUAUGACAUUAGAAAAGAAUACAUAAAAUUUCCCGAAACUGUUGCUGAAGUUCAGGCGUCAAUCGAAACAUUUACUGAUCUCAGCGAUUUGCCAAACAUUGUAGGAGCGAUCGAUGGCUCUCACAUACGAAUAAGAGCACCAGCAGAAAGCUCAGCAGACUAUUUUAGCAGAUACCAGCAACAUGACUUUAUCAUCCAAGGCAUUGUAAACGGCAGACGAUUAUUCAUAGAUUUUGCGUGCGGUUUUCCGGGGAGCAUGCAUGAUUCACGUGUACGUCGAUGUAGUGAUGUCUAUAGAAAUGCCGAGAAUCGAAAUAUUCUUACUGAGCCAGUUGAGAAUAUAAACGGAGAAGAAAUUGGUCCUUAUUUGGUUGGAGAUAGUGCCUAUACCUUAGGUCCAUGGCUUAUCAAACCUUACCCCGAAGGAACAAGAGACCCUGAUGAGAUUUUGUUUAACAAAAAUUUAUCUUCUGCUCGUAUUCAGGUAGAGUGCGCGUUUGGCAUUCUUAAAAGUCGUUGGAGAAUUCUGCAGAAUCGUUUUGACAGUAGAAUUGCUUUUGCUAUUAAAUGUACAGUAGCCUGUGCUGUGCUACAUAAUAUUUGUAUCCAAAAUGGUGACGACUGGGAUGAAGAAUUUGAGCAUGAUGAUGCAAACUAUCAAAGUCCAGGAGCAAAUGUUCUACGAGAUGGAGAAGACAUAAGGGAAAAAUUAAAGGACUAUUUAGCAAAUAUUUAA